AUGUCACUCUUCGGUUCUGUCGGCGCUACGUCGACGACGGCAGGUCAAACAAACACGACUGGCGAUAUAUCUAAAGAUGUAGCCCUCAAUUCUCCCCCAGAGGACAGCAUUUCCGACCUUCGGUUCUCCCCAGCGAGUGAGCAUCUCGCAGUAGCCUCGUGGGACAAAAAAGUCCGUAUCUAUGAGAUCAACGAACAAGGUCAGAGUGAAGGGAAAGCUCUAUUUGAACAUGAAGCUCCUGUGUUGAAUUGCUGUUGGUCACCGGAUGGAACGAAAGUGGUGGGAGCGGGUGCUGAUAAAGCUGCCCGCAUGCUCGACCUUGCUGCAAAUGCUACAACGCCUGUUCAGGUAGCUGCGCAUGAUGCUCCGAUAAAAUGCUGCCAUAUGAUCCCCAACCCGGCCGGAAACAGUCCUCUUCUCGUGACUGGCUCAUGGGAUAAAACGGUCAAAUACUGGGAUCUACGACAAGCGACCCCUAUUGCCGCGGUGGAAUGUCAAGAGCGUGUUUAUACGAUGGAUGUCAAAAACAAACUCCUUGUGGUCGGAACGGCGGACCGUUACAUCAACAUAAUCAACCUCGACAACCCAACCAAAUUCUACAAAACCAUGCAGUCGCCUCUCAAAUGGCAGACGCGGGUAGUCAGCUGCUUUACCGAUGCCACGGGUUUCGCUGUUGGCAGUAUCGAGGGCCGCUGUGCCAUUCAAUAUGUCGAGGAGAAAGACUCCAGUUCAAACUUCAGUUUCAAGUGCCACCGUGAAACCCCUCCCAACCAACGGGACAUCAACAACAUCUAUUCUGUCAAUGAUAUUUCCUUCCACCCGGUUCACGGUACUUUCAGCACGGCGGGUAGUGAUGGUACAUUCCACUUUUGGGACAAAGACGCCAAGCAUCGCCUUAAAGGUUAUCCUUCCGUAGGGGGGACCAUUUCAAGUACGGCCUUCAAUCGUACCGGCAGUAUAUUUGCAUACGCAGUGAGCUAUGACUGGAGCAAAGGCUACUCCGUCAACACCCAACAGCUUCCGAACAAGGUGAUGCUUCAUCCGGUUGGCCAGGAGGAAGUGAAACCUCGACCUGGAACCAGGAAAAGGUAG